CUUCCCUUUUAUCGAAUGAUUCGCCGACGGAACAUCCCGAAUCCCAUCAUCAUCAUCAUCAACAACAACAACAACAACAACAUGUAUCAGCGUCAUCAUUAGCUUUUUCUGAUUAUUAUGGAUCUGGUGAUACUCAUGGUCUACCUCAACAACAACAACAACAUCCUCAUCAUCAUCAUCAUGAUAUCAACUCUCAUCAUUCACCAACUGGUCCAACUCAUUUAUCUCAACCUUUGGCUCGGAUGUAUUCUUUGGAAGACAGUACUAUGCAGUGGAUCUAAAAAUAUCUGUGUUUUUGGAUUGAAAUAUUUUCUGUAUUUGCUUUUAUAUAUUGGUGUACCUUUUUUUUUUUCCCUUCUUUAGUCUUAGUUUGAUUUUUUUUUUUUUUUUUGUAUAUGAUGAAUGUAUAGAGUAGAAUCUAUGUAUUGAUAAGUUUCCUCAUCACACUAUACAUCUUUUAGUAUCCAUCUAUUUAUCUAUUUAUUUAUCUAUUUAUUUUUAUUUAUGAAUCAUGACCUUCUUCUUAUUACUGCCAUCCCACCUUUCUCAAGAAAAGAAAAAGUCCUCUUUCCCCUACCAUCUCACCUUUGUAUCUUCUCUCUCUCUCUCUCUCUCUCUCUCUCUCUCUCUCUCUCUCUCUCUCU